UCGGGAGAUGCUCAUAAUUUGGUUGGUGCUUCUGAAGGAAGUGGUGUCGAGAAAGCGCACACUGAUGGAGAAACUGCAGAAGAAACUAUGUCUACCCUGGGCCCGAAAUCGUCAGAUACUGCUUGUGAGUUAGUUGCUGGUGCUUCUGAGGGAAGCGGUGCUGAGGGAGCGCCAUCUGACGUUGGGAUUCGCGAUGGAGGAACUGCAGAGAAAACACUGUCUAGCGACGCCCCGGUUUCAAAUGAGAAGCCUGAUGCUCGUGAGUCUGCUGGUGCUUCUGAGGGAUGCAGUGCCGAAGGAGCGCCAUCUGGCAUUGGUAUUCUUGCUGAUGGAGGAACUGUAGAGAAAACUCUGCCUGGCAUCGGCCCCAGUGUGAGCGAAGACUUCACCGACUGUACCGGCUGUGCCGCGGGCUCAGCCAGCGAUGUGGCACAGGAAUGAAU